AGCCGUUUGUGGUCAAGCCGUGCGGGCCCGAGAUCCUCGCGGAGCCCGAGCCCGCCCCCCCCCCCCUGCGGGUGCACGACGCGAGCGCCCGCCGCCACGCGGCGCGCGAGCGCGCCGCGGCGGUCGAGGGCGGCUAUGCCGCCGCCGGAGAAGUCCAUGUGGCGCUGGCAGGCGGGCCCCCUCGCGGCCCCGCGCGGGGAGGAGGUCCCGUGGCCCGUGCGCCUGGCGCGGGCGGCCGGCUCGGAGGAUACGGGGGCGCCUCGGGGGACGCUCCGGCCUUCCAGCGGAGGACGAAGUGCCAGCGGCGCCGGCUGCAGCGGAUUCACAUGAGGGUCGUGGCAGAGUUGAUCACGAAGGGUGAGUCCGGGUGGGCUUCUGCAGCCUCCUCCUCUUCCUCAAGCCGACAGGCGGCCCCGGGGGCAGUGUUGACCAUGACGAGCGGGGACGUGGCAUGCGAGUCGCGUUCCGCGCCGUCAGUGGGUCGUGACGGUGGAAACCUCGCAGAGCCGACAACGACAGGGAGGGGUGCGGUCGUCUGCGGACGCUGAGCUGUGCCUGUAGGCCACGAGCGCGCCGGGCGCGAUGAGAAGCAGCGCGUGGGGGCAGGACAGGAAGAUCAGGAGGGCGGGGUUCGGCAGGGGUUGCAUGAAGGAGCAGAGCUGCGUGUUCAGAGUUGAGUGCAGCCAGCGGUUCGAUAUCGCUGUGUCAGGUUGCAUGACGCCCUUUCGAUAGAGUUUCAAGGACAUUCUCACGGGCACUCUUACCUUGCAACAGGCCGUACUGUACCACUUUGCUAGCCUUUGAGCGGGGAAUCUUGAUUAUCGUGCCAGCGGGGACCCUAAACAGUGUGGUCUGGCUAAUCUUGAUUGUGAGUAUUUGCUCACGUUUUUGUCUUUCUCUCUCUCUCUCUCUCUCCUCUCUCUCUCUCUCUCUUUCUGCUGUCAGCGUCCCUGGCAGCGCAGGUUUAUUGAAUCGUUUCCCUCAUUCCGCCGGUCCCUCUUGCCUCGACGCUGUCGUUUGUCGGGGUGUUGUUGGCAAUGCGGCCAUUUGAAGCGCUCCUGGAACGCUCUUGGGAGCCUGCUGGGACCUGGCCGGGACCUGGCCGGGACCUGCCCGGGACCUGCCCGGGACCUUGCCAGGACCUUGCCCGGACUUGCCGGGACCUUGUCGGGUCUUGCCGGGACUUGCUGGGACCUUGCCGAGGUAUUUUGUGUCCGGGGACCCACAGGGGCGGCCCCGCGCGCACGAAUUAGUAUAUAGUUAACCGGUCGCAGAGAUCUUAGCACGCCUUUGGCCCGUUGGGCCGGCGAAUCUCUCUCGCUGCUGUCGGAGCCCCUGGCAGUGUAGUUUUACUUUGCGCAGGAUCCAAGGCGAUCUGCCACAAGCGUCACUUCUGCAGCCUCUUGCUCUUCUCGGGCUGGCAAACGACCCCAGUGGCAGGGUUGACCAUGACGAGUGGGGACGUGGCAUGUGAGUCGCGUCCCGCACCGUCAGUUUUAAUAUUUCUUGGAUCGGUGCCAGUGACCGCCUGGCGGCGCCUCGGGCGCCGCCCCUGGCGCGCUCCGCGGAUGGAAACCCCGCAGAGCCGACCACGACAGGGGUGCACGGCCGUCUGCGGACGCGGAGCUAUGCAUGGAGGCCACGAGCGCGCCUGGUGCGAUGAGAAGCAGUGCCUGGG